CCCCCCUCUUGUUGGCCAGCACUCGAGGUGUUUCAUGCUUGUGACAGACUCUCGACCACCAUUCUCGGCCGUGCGGCGUACGGUCCAUUUCUUCGUCUGAACUUCAUUUCCUUGUUUUUGACGGCAAACGUCGACAAUCUCCACAGUUUGGCGCCACGCAGCCGUGCGCCUGCCCGCCGCUCCGCCUUUGUCGCCCGCAAGAGACGGCCAACAAGCGAACGUUGGACGAGCUACACAGUACACCGAAUACCAUGAAUGGCGGAAAUGCACCACUGUCACCCGUCUCUGUAGGAGGUAGCGAAUGGUCAUAUCCCGCCGUCGAUAAGGACGGGCCCUCAACCCAGAACAAUAGCGGACAGCUCAACACACCGCCUGACUCGGCCGGCCCAGUCAAGCCGAUGAACGCCAACUUCCCGCCCGGGCCGCCGGGGCCGCCGGGGCCGCCGGGGCCGAGGAGCGUCGGCGCUCCCUCGCCGCCUCCGUCCGUCGGACGAUCCAGCGCCGGCACCAAUCUGUACGCCAGGAGUGAGAGCGGGAGGAGCACGACCCAGAGCCAGCAGUCGGAAAACCAGGAACUGGUGCUCUCGGAGCACUACAUUUCGCUCAAGCGCUUCCUCUCGGCCACGUCGCGCGAUGGCAACCCGAAGCCCCCACCAAACAAGGCGCGCGACAAGCUGCAGCGCCUCACCGGCGUCCAGUUCCUCGAGCUCAGCACCGACGUCUACGACGAGCUGAAGCGACGCGAGGCCGCGAGCCGCAGACCCCCCAAUGCUCCCCCCGGCACGGGGCCUCCCGACUACCUGCUGCCCGAGGAAAACUUCCACCCGAAGCGCAACCAGGCGCGCCAGAAGCUGUCCUCCCUCGGCGCCCCGCGGUUUCGUGACUUGGCCACCGACGUCUUUUGCGAGCUGGAGCGGAGGUUCCCGCGCUUUGCCGGCGGGGACAUUCCCCGCGUGGGAAGCCCAAUGUCCGUCCGCGGAGGACCGCCGAGCCGCUCGCAGACCCCGGUCAACGGGAUGAACGGAUACCCCCCCAGGGGCCAGAGCCGGAGGCGCCCUUCGGAAGCCAGCUCGGUGCGGAGUGGGCGCGGGUUGCCGACCCCGAUCCAGGGCGGCUUCCCCGUCCCGCCCUCGCCCGGACACCCGAACGGCGACUACGGGAGGCCGAUGCCGAAGCAGUUCCAGAGCAACACGAUUGUGCCGAACAAGAGCACCAUGGUGGAAGAGGACGACGAUGCUAUCAGCCCCACAAGUGCGGACCCCAAUGCACCCGACGCCUAUGGGCUGCGCAAGGGGCCGGACAACCGGGACAGCAAGCGCAGCGCAGACCAGUCUGAGUCCGAAAAAAAGCUCAUUGAAGAGUACGAGCAACAGGUCAGAGAGCUGCGCGAGAAGCUCGAUGGCAUGGAAGACACGCUGAAAAAAAAAGACGACGAACUGAAUGACUUGCGGGACGGGGAACGGUCGAAAGCGGCCGCGGCGGACUCGGAAAGGAAAGAGUGGGACGAUGCCCGCGCGAAUCUGGAGGACAAGCUUGCCGAAGCCCGCGAGUUGAACGACUCGUUACAGCGGGAGCUAGACAGGAUCAGGGCGGAGCACGAGAGCGAGAUUCGGGAGUUGAGGAACGAGCUCGAGCAGGCCCGGGAGUCCAGCAGCAGCACGGCGCCGGGCGGGGCGGCUGAUGCCGACCUGGAGCGGGAGAACAAAGCGCUUCGGAUGGCGCUGGAAGAGCAGGAGCAGGUGACGGAGCAAGUGCGGCGGGAGGCGCAGGAGUUCCUGCGGGAGAUGAAGAUGAUUUCGCAGCAGAGCAAUGCCGCCUGGGAGAGGCAGACACAGAUGGAGAAGACGAUCGAGUCGCUGGAGCGCGAGGUGCGAGAGUGGCAGAACCGCUAUGCGCGGACCAAGACUCAGCUGCGCGACAUGCGCGGUUCCUCUGCGGGCCUCACGGCCGACCAGGACGCGGCCAAGUACGUCCGCGAGAAGGGGUUCGUAGACGAUGCGGGAUUGGUAAAGGACAUCCACGUCACCAAGUUCCAGCUUGCCAUCGACGACCUCCUCCGGCGAGCCCGCGCCGAUAGUCCGGAGCGGGUGAUCGACUCGAUGAAGGCGGUCGUCGUCAGCGUCCGGAGGAUCACCAAAGACAUCGACGUGGCGGCGCAGUCCGGUGAUGCGGCGGUGCAAUAUCAGAAGCAGAAAUCGCGGGUGUCCUCCACGGCCAACAACCUGAUCACGGCCUCCAAGAACUUUGCGAGCUCGGCUGGCAUCUCGCCGGUCUCGCUGCUCGACGCGGCGGCCUCCCACCUGGUCGCCGCGAUUGUCGAGCUGCUUCGCGCGGUCAAGAUCCGCACCACGCCAGCAGACGAGCUGGAAGAGGACGACGACGGCACGGUAACGCCCGUCGACUCGACCGCCUUCUUCUCCCCGCAGAGCAACGGCCAGAGCAAGAUGUCGAGCGUGGCGUCCAUACAGACCUCGCUGCCCGCCCCGCCACCGUUUCAGGGCCUAGGCCCGAUGAGUCGUUCCAGCGUGGACUCGUCUGCCUACAGCCCGGUCAGCUCGCCGCGCGAGUCGCUCACCAGGGGUCCGACGGCCGGCAACGGCUCUGUUGCCGACGGCAGCGAAGGCGGAUACGGCGGCCUGGGCAAGCCCUUGCCCAUCGCCCCCAACACCAACGGGAACGGUGGGUAUGGCAACUUCAACAGCAGCAGUAGCGGCAGGAACAACGGACAGCAAUCCAACCGGCAGAUCGAAGACCUCAAGAUCUACCUCGAAGACCAGACGGCCGUGCUGGUGCAGACGGUCCAGAACCUGGUGCAGCUGGUGCGCGAUGACGCCGACAUCGACCGGAUCACGAGGGAGAUCAACGCCAUCGCGGACGUGGUCGGGCAGGCGACGGCCGAGACGCAGUCGGUGGUGGGCGGCGGGCCCGGCGGCACCGGCACCGGCGCCGAGCUGGUCAAGCGGCUGACGAACUGCCGCGAGCGCCUGACGGAGGCCGGCAACCGCGGUGUCGAACUCGCGGCCGCCGGCGGCGACAACAAGAGCCGCGAGUGGCGCAUGUGGACGCAGACGCUGCCGCCCAUCGCGUUUGAGAUUGCUCGCGAGACCAAGGAGCUGGUGCAGCGGGUCGGUCAGCUCUUGCUGGACAACGGGGCGGAUGACUUUGCGUGAGACCAAGGGCGGUUGCGUCCUUUCCGUCUUUUUCUUGAUUCCUGACGACAAUGCCCCCGAGUCGGGCGAACUAAGGAUGAAAUGGUAA